AUGGAAGAAAAUAGAUUCAGAGAUGAAGCCAGAGAUAGUGGUGCAGAUAAAGGGAAGUAUGGUGCUAAUGUUGAUGCAUUGGGCUCUCUUACAAAGUCAUAUGGGAGAGAUAUUACAAAGGGAUCAAAUAGUAGAAGUCGAGAGAUGACACACGGUAACAGGAAAAUUGAUGGAGACAGAGAGAGGGAGCCUGUCACAGUGGUCAAGCAUGAUGAAGAUGAUAGAAAAAUGGAGUCUGAAUCUAAAUCAGCUAGGUUUGAAGGGCCUGAUGAUGAUAGCUCUGAGCAGAGAGGAAGAAAUUAUAACAAGGAUGUUGAAUCACAUUUUGUUGGUCGAACUGCUCGGGAUAAUGAUGACCAUGGAGAAAGAAAGCAUGGAAGGGAUGAAGAUGAUCGUACAGGAAGAAAGCAUGCAAGGGAAGAGGAUGUCAGAGAAAAAAAGCAUGGAAAGGAUGAGGAUGAUCCUAAAGAAAAGCACAGAAGGCAUGACGAUGGCCUUGGAGACUAUCGUAUGGGAAGAAAGCAUGCAAGGGAUGAGGAUGAUUCCAAAGAAGGGAAGCACAGAAGGUAUGAUGACGGCCGUGGAGAGAGAAAGAACUUGAGGGAUGAAGAUGACCGUGCAGAGAGAAAGCGUGGAAGGGAUGAAGAUUACCGAACUGGAAGAAAACAGGCAAGGGAUGAGGAUGAACAUAGAGAAAGAAAAUUCAGAAGGAAUGAGGAUGAUCGGGAAGGAAGAAAGUUCAGAAGGGACAAUGAUGUUUAUGGAGAAAGAAAGAACUUAAGGGAUGGGGAUGUGCAUGGAGAACGAAAGAACUUAAGGGAGAAUGAUGAUAGGGAAAGAAAGCAUUCGAAGGAUGAAGAUGGCCGUGGAGAAAGAAAGCACAGAAGGGAUGAUGAUGAUCCUGAAGAAAGCAGCACAGCAGGGAUGAUGAUGGUCGUGGAGAUAGAAAGCACAGAAGGGAGGAGGAAGAGCGGGGAAACAAAGGUUAUGAGAGGGAAAGCCGUGGAGAUUACUCCAAGAGAGGCAGAUACUAAGGUUCUCGUUCGAGUGAGAGGUGUGAAAGUGACUCAUGAACUGUGA